GAAUAACCUGGCAAAAUGUCUUCAUUAUAUCAAACGCAUCGGACCCAAUAACAUUAAAUCCAAUCCAGGCUAAACAAGCACCUCUCCUCUGAUGGCCUCCUUCUUACAACAACUAAGACUACUUCUCUGGAAGAAUGGCCUGAGUGUCACCCGGCAGCCAGCCUGGUCGCUGGCUCUCCUUGUCUGGCCACUUGUGAUCUUUAUUAUCUUGGCGAUCACCCGUUCACAGUUUCCUCCAAAACUCAAAGACUCAUGCUAUGUGGCACCUAGAAAUCUUCCGAGCGCCGGAUUCUUCCCUUUCCUGCAGACACUCAUGUGUAACACCGACAGUACAUGCACCAACAAAUCCUACCUAACAGAAGGACAGUCCAAAUCGUAUUGGUACACGGGUCAUCGUCACCGCAGGGAUGCUGAAUCUCACAGUUUACCAACACUGCUUCAUGGAUUCCCUCCACUGGCCCAUCUACAGAAGGGAGGACUGGUUCACUCAAUCCUUAAAAGGGAUGCAUCAAAUCCAGAGCUCCUAGAGCUAUGGGACAGGAUGCUCAAUUCCAGCUCUCAAAACAUUCCCAAUGUGACUUCAGUCAUGGAUACUUUUAACAACACUGCACUGGUUGAUCAGACAAUGGAGUCAGUUUUGGAAUCUGUGAAUGUCUUGAAAAAAUCCUUAUGCAGCUUCUCCAUGACUGCCAUCAACACAUCAGCCAGUACCCAGGAUCUCUUUACGAAAGGCUUAAUAAACUUCUGCAGUUCCGAUGACACUGUUCUGGAAGCAUCCUUACUCACCCUGAACCAGGAGCUGACAGAAAUGCUGCUCAGUAACCCGACAGAAAUAUUGGGAUCGAUUGGAGGCACUGUGGUGGUCCUAGAUAUGCUUCAACAGGAGACGUCAGUGUGGGACUUCCUGCUUGGCCUGCCUGAUCUCUUCUUGAUGCCCACAGAUGAAGAGAUAUUAAAUGUUGGAGCAGGGGAGUUGGAAAAUCUUAAGAAUACCCUGACCUUUCUUCGGAGGACUUUCCCUCAGGCCAACAUCUCUACUGAUGUCACAAACCCAGUUAUCACUAAAGGCAUUGGCUUUCUCAACUACAUGAGUGAUUGGAAAGGGAGAGAUGUGUAUUUCAAACUGAGUGAUGUCGUGACCCCAAGCAGCAUUGUUCUACUCAACUCAGACGUGAAGGACCUUAUCAACCAAAUCAAGAUUCCUCUCGAUCAGAUUCUAGUGCUGUUCAACGAGGCAGACUUUCGUACCUUUUUAUGUGACCAAAACAUCACCGCCUCCUAUUGUUGGAGUUGGGAAGCGGGCCUGAUAUUUGAAGGGUUAAAUACGUGGAAAGUUGUUGAACAGGUACUGUUGGCUUGGCGUCAGACCUCUGCCUCAGCUGACCUGGCCUUCACUAAAGACGUGUUCGGCAGCUUCCUGGGCCUAGUGUCUCCAUCGAGCCUGGAUGCUGUUCUCAAACACAGCAGGUCCCAGCGCAGCAGUGACGCUCAGCCACAGAGCCUGGGGGAACAAUUAAUCUUCGGAUUAAGCAAUUCAGCAUUUGAUUUUCUACAAGGCAUGCCUGGCUGGGAAUACAUUCAGACUUUUAUGAUGGCUGGCCAUUCAUCAAUGCAGAUGGCAAGAGUUGCAAUGGAAGUACAGCUACCAUUCAUUGAUGAGGUCCUGAGGGAUGCCAAGUAUGUCCAGGAGGCCUUCCUUUCUCUAAUGCAGAAUGAGACCUUUGCUAAUGCCUGGGCUGACCAUGCCAUGGACUCUAUUGUGCAAACUGUGGCCAAGGUUCUAGAGGGUCACACUAGCUGCAAAGACCUUUCUGCUCCCUGGGCUUGGAUGUCAACCUACAGCUCUAUAAACCUUAAGUUGUGGGGCACUCUAGUUUGCGCUGGGAAUGACACACGUCUUGAGGAAAUGCUGUUAAUAUCACUUUUGCUAGUAAAUGAGAAGGUCCAACAGUUGGUUGGUGUAGUGAAUGGAACUGUAAUGUACAAUGUCACACCCUCAAUACUUAUGGCAGAGUGGCACGGUCUAUACACAACCUCCCUUCAGUAUGUCACUGCCCUCCAGAAAUUGCAAACUGAGCUUAAUGAGGACUAUUUUGCAGCUUGGAUCCCAGGGAACAUUUCAGUUGGAUUAUCCCAGAUUCUGUUGACCAGGGUUACUGGCACAUUUGAGAACAUGGGUUCUUCACUAGAGAACAGCUCUCUGUGGCCCUCCAUGGAACCAUAUUUCCAUAUGGCUUACUGGAUUUUGACCUACCAACCUAAUGCCACUGCAUCACCAAACUGCACUCUUACCCUUCCUGCCUUCACCUGUCAGACCAGCUUUACCUGGGAAACAGCUGUUCCUUUGAUUUUUUCUUUGAUCUCUAAAGUGUCAAGAGAACCUGCCAGCCUAUUAAGACCUCUCCAGGGGACAGUGGCUCUCCUCCAAAACAGUUACUUGGCACUUUUGCAGCAAGUCAUUGCCAAUGGCCUACCUGGUCAGCUACUUGGUAGUGACAUUUCACUAAAAGACUUGUUGCUGAACCUCAUUAAUACAGUUGAUAAAGAAAUUCAGCUCCUCUCGAACAUUGAUUCCACACAGCAGUUUGACACUCAGCUCUUAAACGACAUCAUGGCGGCUCUUGGACUGGGGCAGAUAGAGAACCUGUUGUCAGGAGGUUCCCAGACAACCAGCAUGCACCCAGUCAUCAUGGGCGUCCUUCAGGUCUUGAACAAUGGGUCCAUCCAGAUUCUAAACAUAGAGGAGGGUUUUGCAGUUCUUCAAGCAAUUUUGAGCCAACUUGGAGCCAUCUUGCCUCCAGAGCAGCAGUAUCAGUUAGAAGCAGGGCUAAAUAAGUCUCAUGAUCUCAUUCGAGAUCUAGAGAUCUGUUCAGCUCUUGGCCAGGACUGUGUAGCUGAUAUCCAGAAUGUCAUUGAUAAUCUUGGUGCAAUGCUUGUAUUUGGAAAUAAUAUCACCAUCCCAAUAACACCUCUUUGGGGUAACAUGACUCUCCCUGUUGCGCUUGAUGUGCUCGCUUUGCUUCUGCCAUGGAACAUGUCCCGGCCAGCGGAAGCCUCAAUGGAAAUUUCCAGGAAGAUUCAAUAUCUUCUUGAGCAGGCUUAUGCAUCUCCUAUUUUCAACAUCAGUCAAAGUCUACAAGCCUCCAAUCUCACCAUUUCUGAAUUAGAACAAGUCAAUUCUGUAUUUCAUUCUAAUUGGUUAGCAGCCAUUCUGCAGACUCUGAAUAUGGCCAUUCAAAUCCCACAGUGCGUGAACACUCAAACCACACAGUCACCCCAAAAGCCUCCUGCUAAUGGACAGGUCGAAUGCAUCCUUCAGCUCAUCCAGACUGCUUCUGGUUUACUUGGAGUAAUACCUGUGGCAGAGAACACUCAAAUGACUCUUAAAGAUUGGCUUAACAUCACUGCGGUAGAGUAUCAGAAGCUAAAUAACAUGUCCAUCUCUGGAUCUGGCCCACUUGCAUUGACAGAAGAGGUGCUGAUAACAACAUUGUCAGCCAUCAGACAAAACCUUCAGGGUCUUGAUGUAGAGAACAUCACUGAUAUUACAAAUGAGCUCAACAUUCUGGAAGACCUCUUGAAAAAUGUAUUCAGAGAACAAUACCCAUACCACACCAUUAAUUCAACAUUGAUGGUGCAGGGGCAGUAUGCACAGAAGGUGUAUGGAGAAAUCACACUGUGGUAUUUAAACAAGCUUGGAAAUGACACCAGUGGCAGUAUGUUUGCAGAGAUUCUCCAUCAACUGAAAUGCAUGAUUGAAAUGCAGGUGGCACUCAUCACUGCAAAAGCAGAUAUGGUGACUCUAACAAUGAAUCAGAUCCAGAACUUGACCCAUGUGAGGUUUCCUCUGGAAGGUGAAGAUCUUGUAAAAGUUGCCAGUACAAUCAUGACCAUGCUGCAGGGUGAGCUGGCAUUGAUUAAAGGAAAUCUUGAGAUCCAGCAGGCGUUCUACAAUUCUCUAGGCUCCCCAAUGAACAUUAGUAUUCCUGCUGAAAUUGAAGGUCAGAUCAUGACCUACCUCAGCUUGACAAGGGAGUGGAUCACUAACCCACAAGUAAUGACGGCACUUGCUACAACUUUCCAGUGGGAAAUUAGCUCUGUAGAUAUCACAACACCUGGGAAGGAUCUUGAACAUCUCCUCCAAGCCAUGGCUCCCCUACUCUCCCCUGAGGACAGAGCCUUCCUGGCUGUUGCUGGGCAGGUGUCUCAGACACUAACCUACGCUCUACAGGUGGCUAGCACUGAUGGUGGUCUCCAAAGUGAAAAUUUUACAGAAGCUGUCAUUAGCACAGUCAGAGUGGUUCUGGAGAGUAUUUCUAAUGAAACCGGAGCUCUACCUCAGGAUGUGGUUAACAAUAUUCUUGGUGCUUUCAACGGUUCCCUUCAGCUGAUCCUAAACUCCAAUAUGAGCUAUGCCCAAGCUAGCACCCUCACACAGGAGACUAUCCAGAUGGUAGAGGGAGUGAUUCAUACUCUUUUACCAGCGGAGGCAGUUGUGGUGCUGGUUCCGAUUAAAAACAGCAUUUUAUCCUAUCUGAAUAACAUCUAUCAGCCUGCUGGAUUUGAUCAGUGGAAUGAACUCAUUAUGAAUGUGUUGACAGAGCUUCAGAAUUCCCUGCCAUCAAACAACACAGCUCAGCCCAUCAUAUCAAUGAUAAUCAAGGUCACAGAAAACCUUCUGACCUCAAAUAAAGGCAACUUGACAAAGGACUGGAUCAUUAACCAACAAGUGACAAUGGCACUCGCCGCAAUCUUCCAGGGGAAUGUUAGCUCUGUAGAUCUUGCAGGAGCUGGAGUGAAUCUUGACCAACUUUUGCAAGCCAUGGCUCCCCUACUCUCCCCUGAGGACAGAGCCUUCCUGGCUGUUGCUGAGCAGGUGUCUCAGACACUAACCUACGCUUUGCAUGUGUCUAGCACUGAUGGUGGUCUCCAUAGUGAAAACUUUACAGAAGCUGUCAUUAGCACAGUCAGAGUGGUUCUGGAGAGUAUUUCUAAUGAAACCGGAGCUCUACCUCAGGAUGUGGUUAACAAUAUUCUUGGUGCUUUCAACGGUUCCCUUCAGCUGAUCCUAAACUCCAAUAUGAGCUAUGCCCAAGCUAGCACCCUCACACAGGAGACUAUCCAGAUGGUAGAGGGAGUGAUUCAUACUCUUUUACCAGCGGAGGCAGUUGUGGUGCUGGUUCCGAUUAAAAACAGCAUUUUAUCCUAUCUGAAUAACAUCUAUCAGCCUGCUGGAUUUGAUCAGUGGAAUGAACUCAUUAUAAACAUGAUGACAGAGCUUCAGAAUUCCCUGCCAUCAAACAACACAGCUCAGCCCAUCAUAUCAAUGAUAAUCAAGGUCACAGAAAACCUUCUGACCUCAAAUAAAGGCAACUUGACAAAGGACUGGAUCAUUAACCAACAAGUGACAAUGGCACUCGCCGCAAUCUUCCAGGGGAAUGUUAGCUCUGUAGAUCUUGCAGGAGCUGGAGUGAAUCUUGACCAACUUUUGCAAGCCAUGGCUCCCCUACUCUCCCCUGAGGACAGAGCCUUCCUGGCUGUUGCUGAGCAGGUGUCUCAGACACUAACCUACGCUUUGCAUGUGUCUAGCACUGAUGGUGGUCUCCAUAGUGAAAACUUUACAGAAGCUGUCAUUAGCACAGUCAGAGUGUUUCUGGAGAGUAUUUCUAAUGAAACCGGAGCUCUACCUCAGGAUGUGGUUAACAAUAUUCUUGGUGCUUUCAACGGUUCCCUUCAGCUGAUCCUAAACCCCAAUAUGAGCUAUGCCCAAGCUAGCACCCUCACACAGGAGACUAUCCAGAUGGUAGAGGGAGCGAUUCAUACUCUUUUACCAGCGGAGGCAGUUGUGGUGCUGGUUCCCAUUAAAAACAGCAUUUUACUACCUCAGGAUGUGGUUAACAAUAUUCUUGGUGCUUUCAACGGUUCCCUUCAGCUGAUACUGAACCCCAAUAUAUAUUUCAUGCAAGCUAACCACCUCACACAGGAGACUGUCCAGAUGCUAGUGGGAGCUAUGCAUGACCUUUUGCCAGCAGAGGUGGCUGAGGUGUUGGUUCCCAUGAAAAACAGCAUUUUAGCGUAUUUGCAGACCAUCUCCCAAUCUUCUGGACCUGACAAAUGGAAUGAAGUGUAAGUACAGACUAUGUAUUCUCUGACAGAGCUUCAGAAUUCCCUGCCAUCAAACAACACAGCUCAGCCCAUCAUAUCAAUGAUAAUCAAGGUCACAGAAAACCUUCUGACCUCAAAUAAAGGCAACUUGACAAAGGACUGGAUCAUUAACCAACAAGUGACAAUGGCACUCGCCGCAAUCUUCCAGGGGAAUGUUAGCUCUGUAGAUCUUGCAGGAGCUGGAGUGAAUCUUGACCAACUUUUGCAAGCCAUGGCUCCCCUACUUUCCCCCGAGGACAGAGCCUUCCUGGCUGUUGCUGAGCAGGUGUCUCAGACACUAACCUACGCUUUGCAUGUGUCUAGCACUGAUGGUGGUCUCCAUAGUGAAAACUUUACAGAAGCUGUCAUUAGCACAGUCAGAGUGGUUCUGGAGAGUAUUUCUAAUGAAACCGGAGCUCUACCUCAGGAUGUGGUUAACAAUAUUCUUGGUGCUUUCAACGGUUCCCUUCAGCUGAUCCUAAACUCCAAUAUGAGCUAUGCCCAAGCUAGCACCCUCACACAGGAGACUAUCCAGAUGGUAGAGGGAGUGAUUCAUACUCUUUUACCAGCGGAGGCAGCUGAGGUGCUGGUUCCCAUUAAAAACAGCAUUUUAUCCUAUCUGAAUAACAUCUCCCAGCCUGCUGGAUUUGAUCAAUGGAAUGAAAUCAUUAUGAAUGUGUUGACAGAGCUUCAGAAUUCCCUGCCAUCAAACAACACAGCUCAGCCCAUCAUAUCAAUGAUAAUCAAGGUCACAAAAAACCUUCUGAGCUCAAAUGAAGGCAACUUGACCAGGGACUGGAUCAUUAACCAACAACUGACAAUUGCACUUGACAGAAUCUUCCAGGGGAAUGUUAGCUCUGUAGAUCUUGCAGGAGCUGGAGUGAAUCUUGACCAACUUUUGCAAGCCAUGGCUCCCCUACUCUCCCCUGAGGACAGAGCCUUCCUGGCUGUUGCUGAGCAGGUGUCUCAGACACUAACCUACGCUUUGCAUGUGUCUAGCACUGAUGGUGGUCUCCAUAGUGAAAAUUUUACAGAAGCUGUCAUUAGCACAGUCAGAGUGGUUCUGGAGAGUAUUUCUAAUGAAACCAGAGCUCUACCUCAGGAUGUGGUUAACAAUAUUCUUGGUGCGUUCAACGGUUCCCUUCAGCUGAUCCUAAACUCCAAUAUGAGCUAUACCCAAGCUAGCACACUCACACAGGACACUAUCCAGAUGGUAGAUGCAGUGAUUCAUACUCUUUUACCAGCGGAGGUAGCUGAGGUGCUGGUUCCCAUUAAAAACAGCAUUUUGUCCUAUCUGAAUAACAUCUCCCAGCCUGCUGGAUUUGAUCAAUGGAAUGAACUCAUUGUGAAUAUGAUGAGAGAGCUUCAGAAUUCCCUGCCAUCAAACAACACAGCUCAGCCCAUCAUAUCUGUGAUUCUUAAGGUCACAGAGUAUAUUCUAAACUCAAAUGAAGGAUAUACAAACAUGUGGCACAACCUAGGAAACUUCAGUCUUGGCAGCCUAAAUGAAAUAACAGAACAGCUUGCAGUCUUUCUGGGCACUAUGUCACCAUUCAUGAAUGAGUCCGUCCAGACUGUCACAGAAUCUGUAGGCGUUCUGGUCCAGAUCCUUUCCGGGAGUGCUGACCAGCUGACCUUUGACAAGUUGGAGGACAUGUUGGCUGCUCUGUUUUCAACCUUCAAAGGUACUCCAAUGUGGGAUUCAUUGCCGUCUGUCGUGUCCACAAUUCAGCAAGCCGUUGUCAACAGUGCUCACAACAUGCAGGCACAAACAGAGCUCCUCUACGUCCUCCAGCAGCCAUUGUCCAACCUUUUGUCUGGCAUUUUUCAUGUUAUGAACACAAGCAGUUUCACUUCCCAGUCCUUUGUUGGUGGAGUGCCACAGGCCCUUUUGUCAACUGCAGAAGCUGCUCUGCAGGCUUGUUUGGGGGGUCAGAGCCUGAACUGCAGCUACGUGCAGCACAUAUGGCAGGAUGUCAGAGCUGGUGCUGGAAUAAGCGAAGACACUGUUGCUUUGUGGUGUAACAUCAGCCUACUGCCAGUCAUAGCAGUAAGCUAUGAAAAACCAGCUCCAGCCUUUAAUAUGACGGGAAUGAACCCUCUAUGGAUAAACGCCACUGCAGGAAUGAUGGCAGAGUCACUGGAGACUUUCUAUGGGGCGAUCCUGAACAGUACCUUUGCUAGCAAUCACCUUACAGAAGUCCUGUUGCAUACAUCAAUGCUAUCCAACCUCUCAGUGCUAGAAAUAACAAACCAGGCUGACUGGAAUGUCCAACUCUUCCAGAUGCAGCUGUACCAAAGUCUCUCCACAGUACAAAUGGCUCUGGAUCAAAUUAAGAGCGAAGCUCCCUGGAUGGCGCCAUACGUCGAGGCAGCUGGAAAAACUAUAGAGGUCAUCCUCCAGAACGGCAAUCUCCUCCAGAACUCAACUGCAAGCCCUCAGAUCAUCAUGCAGGCUCUGGAGAUCACGCUUACUGGAAUGAAUUUUACAAAGGAAACCAUUAAUUAUAUCCUGAGUGGAGACAUAUUUAUGAACCCAAAUGGAAGCACAGUUGACAGCUUAAUAAAAGAGGUUAUCCAGCAAAUCAUUGGUACGGGAUUGCUGGGAGACUGGCCUACCCUUUAUGGAGUAAUGCAGCAAGUUCUGUAUUUGGAAGAUACAAGUGGCACCCUAUGGAAAACUGUUGAAUUUUUCAACUGGCUGUUUACUACUCAAGAUACUAGGCUAAAUUUUGUCUUGGAGAUCCUGCGCAAGUUAUACGAGAUAGUAAGAGAUGCCUUAACCAAGAUGCCACUGCCGUGCUUCUCAGAAACCUUUAUUGACCUUUUUGGGAAUGUUUUGUACAUGCUGAAACAGAUCAAACUAACCAGUGACCUCUUCGACCCUGUGGAACAAUAUCUAAGCCCACUUAAAAUGCAAAUUGCUCAGGGACAGAACCUGCAAGGUCUUGUGUCCCACACAAGAAAUGCCAGAAGAAUUGCUAGCAAAGUACAGAGAGAGCCAGUGGAUGACUUCCUUGAUCUUCUUGACAUCGAUUACCAAGCUUUGCUUGAAGUUCUUUCCAUUCCACCCACCUCGACUGAAAUUAUGGAGACUAUCCAUGUUUUCUUUGCAAAUCCAGAUUUGGGUGUCAUCCUGAAGGGUUAUUUGAAAGAAAUGACUGGAAGCACAAGUCAGGAGGAAACCAUUGACACAGCUCUGAAUGUGCUGUCCUACUUGACACUCCCUAGCAAUGGGCAGCAGUUUUUGGAGAUGUUCAUGGACAUCGGUAGUGAAGGGUGGAGUCUGCAGGACCUUGAUAAAGUAGAGAAACUUGCAGAGAGCCUAGGAAGAACAAUUGACGUGGCCAUGGUGCUAUCCGACCAGCCACCUCUGAACAUUCCUCAAAGAAUCGAGCACAUGGCCCAACAACUUCAAGCUUCGGUGUCAAAUAUCAUCUCACAGGAUGGAAAUGGCACCAACACUGCGAUCCAAUUCCUUAUGGCGCUCAACAGCAUCCUUACCGAGAACUUUGAAGAAAGCAAGGACAUCAGCCCUCAGGUCACUGGCAUUCUCCAAAACUUAAUUGGCUCGUUUUCCAGUCCAGGGUCGCAGAUGAGCAUAGCAUCCUAUUUGGCAGCCGUUAAUCAAACUGCAGAAGCCUUCACCUCACUUCUCUCUGGAGAGGUAGCUGUGUAUUUCAACAUAUCUGGACAAAUGCUGCAAGCCUUUGCAUUGCUCGAGGCAUAUCCCGGAGACAUAGAAAAAGUCAUGAUGUCCACCAGCAAGAUUUCUAACUCCCUAAACCAUGUUCUUGCCCUCUCGAAUAUUACAACUCUUCCAAAUGGACAAUAUGUUCAAGAGGUCACCCAUCCCUUAAUCCUUAGCAGUGCCAUGGUCACCCACAUCCUAUUCAACCUCUCCAUGUCAAACUAUAGCCUGAGCAGUAAUGCUGAGAGGGAGAUGCUUUUGACCCAGACGUUCAAUCAGAUGGUUGUCGUUCUUCCCAAGGAAACGCACAUGUACCUCUUUGCUAUCAAAUCGGCUCUAUUCACUGCCCUCUCUAAAGUAUCCAGCACUGCAGAAAUCACAUCCCACUUCCCAGAAAUCGCCCAGCUGGUUACACAGUCUCUUCUUAACUCUCUAAACAUUACUUAUGAUCUGACAUCCACGCGUAUGACUCCAGAUGGCCUUGUUUACAUCUUCAUGACCGUGUCUAAUCAAGUGUCCAUGAGUCUCUACCAAGGCCUUAUGUUAUCCGGUUCCCCUAUCCAAAUCUCACAAGCAGUGAACUCUUUAAGUGAGGUUGCAUCUUCCAUAUACUCGAUAAUGCCUGUUGAGGGACGGCCAUACAUCAAUAUCACACUCAACCUAAUGGAGACAAUAUCUUUUGUUCUUAAUGACACCAGCACCUUUGGGGAUGUCAGUGGGGCUGUAUCUCAAGUAGUAAGUUCUGUCAACAACCUUCUGGCCAUGGUGCACCACAUGAACACAAACUCCUCCAGCAGCAUUAUAGGUGACCUAGAGCAGACCCUUAAGAGAAUCCUAAUGAUCAUCCAGGCAGACCAAAACCCUCUCACCCAAACGGCUGAUAUUACCCAGCAGCUACUGCACACCAUCCAAAAUCUCAUCUCGCUGGGCAAUAGCAGCAGUGUGGAGUCUGAACUCCCCAAAAUAGUGCUGGGGGCUUCUAGCAUGAAUAUCGGCCAUCUGCUGGGGAUGAAUGACUCUAACUGGACUGACAAGCUGCCUGUGCUGUUGACAAACCUCGCUAAUAGCCUUCCAGAAGACCUGCAGUAUUCUUCUCUUAUUAAGUCCAUCAUGAGAAGUCUGGCCAACGAAUCCCAAGAAAAUCUGCAUCUUCUACUUCAAGUGCUAAACACCGCCUUUGAAUUAAGCUCAGCCAACUGGGCGAAUGAGAGUUCGGGCAUAAUACUGGACCACCUGUUAACUAAGGUGUGCGCUCUGGAAAACAUGGCCUCUGUGCAGCUGAUCACCAAUUUUCUUCCUCUGGGCCCCAGACUGCUAUGCGACACUGUUGUUCCCACAAUCCAGGCUUUCCAUGUGCUCACAACCAACCUGGUGAACCAAAGCUCCGACAUCUAUGAUCUGAUUUUCCAGACUUUUGUUGGAGACCCUAGCACCUACAACACUGAAGUGGACUGGACAUCAACUCUCUCUCAAAUUGUGGGCUUCAACGUCUCAACUCUGAAAACUCUUAAUAUCAAUAUUACAUCUCCAGCUGAAGUGAAAGUUUUAGAGCUGCUGAAAAAUGCCACACUGUUUGUUCAGGAUGUUGAGCGGUAUACCAGCUUUCCCCCUCGCAUUCUUCAGGCUCUAUUAGAUUACCCUCUACCCAGAAGCAACAUGCAGAUCUUGGCAUGGUUGGCAAACCUGCACCAGUGCUCAGACCCCUCGUCUUUGCAACUGGACCCUACAGGGCAGGAGAUCUUCAGCACUUUCUGUGAACUGUCACAUGAAUGGUACAGCAUCACGGUUAUCUUUCUUCGUCAUGUGGACACGAAGGCGGCUUUAUUCAGGCUGGUGUUGUCCAAAGAAAUUCAGGAUUUGGUGAGAAUCAUGCUAGAGAUGGUGAAGUUUUUUACGGACAUAAUGCACAAACUGGUACCUGCCCUUAACAAACUGCAGGAAUACCUGACAAACAUAGGAGAACUAAACCUGGUGGCCAACCAAGAGUUCCACAGUCUGGUGAGAGGAAAGCGGUCCACCAUGUCUAGCAGGGCCACCUUUAGUACCAUCGCUCGUGCUUUGUGCAAAAACGGCAUCCUGACACUGUUCGCCAUCGCAAAAGUUCCUAUCGUAACCGAGACUGAUCCUUCCGUCCAGACGGACCACAAGAGAGAAGAGCUGAUUAAGAAGUUCAAAAUCCCACCCGAUGCUACUCCCUUCUGUAUGAACCUCUACUUGGAUAUGGUGAACACUACAGGCGGUGCGGUGGCCUGGGCAUUCCUCAAACCCAUGCUGUUAGGACAGGUCCUGUACUCACCAGACACACCAGUGACGAGAGAGAUCAUGAGAAAGUCAAAUUCUACACUGCACCAGUUUGGUGAUCUAAAGCUUUAUGCAUCCGAGUGGAUAGAGUCAUCGUCAUAUGUGAUGCAGUCUGCCGACAUCCUGACAAAAACCUUGCCGAUACUUCAGAAUUCUCUGCGCAAUCCCUUUGUCCAAAACUUCAUUCAGACUCAGACCGGCAUUGAUGUUGCACAAAUGAGCUCAACUCUCAGCCAAUUCUCAAACCUGACAGUCCUUUUAGAUAAAAACAAGUAUAUCAUGGAGCAGAUCACCACCCUCUCCAUGCUGAUGAUGAACCUUUCCUCCUGUGUCAACUUCGACCGCUACCGAGCUUUCAACUCCACUGAUCAACUCGACGAGCAGGCGGAGAGACUGGCUCAAAACCGCGAGCUCUCUGGCAUUAUUUUCAAACUUCCUGAGGAGACCUCCAGCAGCUUGCCCCCGAAUAUCGACUACACCAUUCGAAUGAACAUCGAGAAUGUCAUGCGCACCGACCGUGCAAGGAAUCCCUUCUGGGUGAAAGAUGCCUUUAUGUCGGCAACGAAGACCCAGCGGUACAACCGAGGCUUUGUGUACCUGCAGGAGAGCAUCGAGAGAGCCAUCAUCGAAAUGCAGACGGGUAAAGCCAUGGAUGGGCCCGCGGUCCAGAUGCAGGCGUUCCCUUAUCCUUGCUACUACAAAGAUGAGUAUCUCAACAGCAUCUCUUUUGCCUUCCCAAUGGCUCUCAUGAUUUCCUGGGUGCUGUUUGUCGCCCACUUUGUGAAGAAACUCGUCCACGAGAGAGAACUGCGACUUCAUGAGUACAUGAAAAUGAUGGGGGUCAAUCCCAUCAGCCACUUCUUUGCUUGGUUAAUUGAAAGUGCUGUGUUCCUGCUGGCGACCAUCAUCAUCCUCACCAUCAUUUUGAAAGCUGGCGGCAUCCUUCCUCGCAGCAAUGGCUUCGUUCUCUUCCUCUACCUUUGUGACUAUGGCUUCAGCGUCCUUGCAAUCAGCUUCCUGGUCAGCUCCUUCUUCGAUAAGACCAACAUCGCCGGGCUGAGCGGCAGUCUUAUCUAUGUCAUCUGUUUCUUCCCCUUCAUCGUGCUGAUCCACUUGGAGGACAAUCUUUCCUUCAGUGUGAAGAGCGCUCUGAGUCUCUUUUCUCCGACAUGCUUCAGUUAUGCCAGCCAGUAUAUCUCCCGCUAUGAGAAACAGGAAGAAGGCAUCCAGUGGAGCAACAUGUAUAUCUCUCCUCUGGCUGGUGACACUUCCUCCUUCGGUUGGCUCUGCUGGCUGCUCCUCAUUGACUCAGUAGUAUAUUUUAUCAUUGGGAUUUACAUCCGCAUGGUCUUCCCAGGAAAGUAUGGCAUUGGUGUUCCGUGGUACUUCCCUGUGACUCGGUCCUUCUGGACAGAUAUGUUCAGCUGCUGUAGCAGAACUCCAAAGAAAAUAGGCAGAGGGUUGCUCUUUACCAACAUGAUGCAGGAACAAAACAGCACUGACAAGAUCAAAGGUAAAAGUAGCUUGGCGGAUAAUGGAGAAGACGACUUCUCAGGAUUGCCUGUUGGAGUCUCACUGCAUGGCUUGACAAAGACCUACGGCAACCGGCAUGCUGUAGACAACCUAAACCUCUCUUUCUAUGAGGGACAUGUCAGCUCUCUGCUGGGUCACAAUGGAGCUGGAAAAACCACCACUAUGUCACUUCUGACGGGGUUGUUUGCACCAACCAGUGGCACCAUUGAGGUGUAUGGGAUGGAUAUGCAGACAUCUAUAGAUGAUGUGCGUAAGGAGAUGGGCGUGUGCAUGCAGUAUGAUGUCCUGUUCGACCACCUUACCACAAAGGAACACCUGCUGCUAUAUGCUCAGAUCAAAGCUCCCCACUUGACCAAGCAGGAAGUGAACGAACAAGUGCGAAGAAUCCUAAUGGAAACAGACAUGCAUUCCCACCGCCACAAGCGUGUCGGCACCCUGUCAGGAGGUAUGAAGAGGAAGCUAUCCAUCUCCAUUGCCUUCAUCGGAGGCUCGCGGCUGGUGGUGCUAGAUGAGCCGACCACUGGGGUGGAUCCCUGUUCCCGACGCAGCAUCUGGGACAUUGUCCUUCAGCACAAGCAAGAGCGUACCAUCAUUCUUUCCACCCAUCAUCUGGAUGAGGCUGAAGUUCUCAGUGACCGAAUCGCCUUCCUGGAGCGCGGAGGCCUCAAAUGCUGUGGUUCGCCCUUCUACCUCAAAGACAAGCUGGCUAAGGGCUACAACCUCACCCUCACAAAGAAGGUUCAGACUCCUGAUUCAAAUGAAAAGUUGAACAUUGAAGAACUCAGGGCUUUCAUUCAAUCCUACCUGCCUGACGCUCGACAGAAGGAGGGAGAGGUGGGCGAUUUGGUCUAUGCCCUCCCACCGUACACCCCCCAAAACGCAGCUGCGUACCACUCUCUGCUCACCGGUCUGGAUCAGAACCUGGACAAGCUUCAGCUGGGCUGCUAUGGCAUUUCUGACACCACCCUGGAAGAGGUGUUCUUGCAGUUGACUCGAGACAACAUGGAGCCUACAGAAAGUGAAACCUGGUCUGUAUCAGAGUCUGUGAUUGCGAAUGACAUGUUUGCGUCAAGAGACAGCAUUCCUGACGAUCUCAACAGCACGUACCUCGGAGAGAAAGCCAGCGUCACUGGGACCUCAACCGUGCGUGGGCUUGCUUUGACUGUGCAGCGGGUGAUGGCUAUGUUGCUGAAACGCCUGCAUCACUCCAGGAGGGACUGGAAGGGGCUGUUCUCCCAGGUGUUGUUGCCUGUACUCUUUGUAAUUGCUGCCAUGGGCCUGGGCUCCAUCAAGAGCGAUCUUCAGCACUUUCCUAAGAUUGUGCUCUCUCCUGCACUGUACCACAUUGAUGAACAGCAUACCUUCUUCAGCAAUCAGAAUCCCGCCGCCAGUGGUCUUGUAGAUUCCAUGAUGUCCUAUCCAGGCGUUGACCACGUCUGCAUGAGAGACCCCACAGAUUCGGUUUGCAAAGAGAGACCUACUAUAGGAAGUGAGACCUGGAUCUCCAGAGGCAACAGCUCUGCUACAUUUACCACCUGCAAGUGUAGCAACCAAGUGCAGUCAUGUCCUGCAUCAGUUUACGGACCACCUCACAAAAGAAAUCCAUCAUCCCAGAUUGUCUACAACCUGACGGGCAUCAACAUAGAGGACUACCUGCUGGCCACUGCCAAUGACUUCAUCAGAAACAGAUAUGGAGGCUGGGACUUUGGAAAGCCUCUUCCCAUUGAUCUUAAGAUGGACAUGUUAGAUGUGCCAGCGAACAGAACCCUUAGUAAGGUUUGGUAUAAUCCAGAAGGUCACCACACCAUGCCUGCCUACCUCAACAACCUUAACAACUUUAUCCUGAGAUCCAGUCUGCCACCAGAGAAACGACAACAAUAUACCAUCUCUAUAUCCAGCCACCCUUACCCUGGCCAAGUGCAAGACGAGGAUCUCAUGGUGGGUGGUUUGGUCAGCAUCCUGGUUGCGCUCUGUGUCCUCACUGGAUACUCUAUCAUGACUGCCAGCUUUGUCAUCUAUGAGGUUCACGAACAUCACACAGGCUCCAAGAGACUCCAGCAGAUCUCUGGCAUCAGCGAACCUUUCUACUGGAUCAUCAACUUCUUCUAUGACAUGGCUCUUUACGUGAUUCCCGUGGUCCUCUCGGUGGCGAUGAUAGCAGCGUUCCAGCUCCCAGCAUUCACAGACAGGCAGAACCUCGGCGCGGUCACACUUCUGCUGGUGCUAUUUGGCUUCUCCACCUUCCCUUGGAUGUACCUUCUGUCUGCGGUAUUUAAGGAUACUGAGAUGGCCUUCAUCGGUUAUGUUUGCAUCAAUCUCUUCAUCAGUGUCAACACCAUCAUCUCCACAUCCAUUCUUUACUUCCUGGGUCAGCUCAACCAGAAUGACCAGAGCAUCCAGAAUGUGUACCGUACCAUGAGCAACAUAUUCCUAGUCUUCCCUCAGUUCAGCUUUGGCAAUGGGUUGAUGGAGUUGGCACGGGUUGACAUGCAGGUGCAGAUCUUGAGUGUUUUUGGAGUGGAUGCCUACAAGACCCCCUUCAGCAUGGAUGUUCUGGGCUGGAUGUACAUCUCCAUGUUCCUGCAGGGUUUCAUCUGCUUCACGCUUCGCCUGCUAUUUAACAAGACACUCCUGCGCAAAGUCAGAUGCUGGAAGAAGAAUGUUGUUCAGAGCUAUAGCCCCAAUGAAGAUGAAGAUGUGGUGGCUGAACGUCUGCGUGUGGACCGUGGGGAUGCGAGUGCCGAUAUUCUGCAGGUUAAUCAUCUGACUAAGGUGUACCAAAACCUGAACAAGAGGGUACAGGCGGUGAAGAGGCUGUCUGUGGGCAUCCCAGCUGGCGAGUGCUUUGGAUUGCUGGGAGUCAAUGGUGCAGGAAAGACGACUACCUUCAAGAUGCUGACAGGAGACAUUAGCCCCACCGAUGGCUCGGCCAAGAUCCGUGACAUUGACGGGAGAUUGGUUGACAUCAUAGACUGCAGGAGAGAGGGCAUAAACAUUGGUUACUGCCCUCAGGUGGACGCACUGGAUGACCUCUUGACUGGAGAAGAGCAUCUCUAUUUUUACGCCCGCAUCAGGGGCAUCUCUAAGAGGGAGAUUGACCGGGUUGUGAACUAUCUGUUGAAAAAGUUGGAGCUGAAUUACCACAGAAACAACACAAGUGAGAGCUACAGUUGUGGAACACGCCGGAAGCUGUCGACAGCCUUGGCCCUGAUCGGAAACCCUCAGAUCCUUCUCCUGGAUGAACCCAGCUCUGGAAUGGACCCACGUUCCAAACGUCACCUUUGGAAGAUCAUCUCUGAGCAAGUGAUGGGCAAAUGUGCUGUGGUCCUGACAUCACACAGCAUGGAGGAGUGUGAGGCCCUUUGCACCCGUCUGGCUAUAAUGGUGAAAGGACAGUUCAAAUGUCUCGGCUCCCUACAGCACAUCAAGAACAGGUUUGGCAAAGGAUUCACAGUAAAGAUGUACUUAGCUGGAGCCUCCUGUGAUGUAGAUAUGAUCAGUAACUUCAUGCAGCAGAAUUUCCCCAGCACGUUCCUGAAGGAUCAUCACUCAAAUAUGGUGGAGUACCAUGUGCCUGUUGCUCCCGGUGGUGUGGCUUCAAUCUUUGGUCUGUUAGAAUCCAACAAAGCUGUACUGCAAAUCAAACACUUCUCAGUCUGCCAGACCACUCUGGAUGAGGUUUUCAUUAACUUUGCCAUGGGGAAGACGGACACAGACGAACAGGAAGUCACUGAAGGAACGGACAUUGACAGUCUAGACUCGUACAAUGCUUUGGACCAAUGAAAUACUUGCACAUUAUACCAUUCAAUGAACCUCAAAAAAAAGAUAUUAAUUUAAUAUGUAAGAAAUCUUUUAUAGGCUAUAUCAUAUUUUAGUGUUGUGAUUUUAAACUAUUUUGCAUUGAAUGAUGA